AUUAAAAUGUUUAAAAUUUUAACUCUUCUUUGUGUAAUGUUUUAUUAUUCAUGUUCUUGUAAGCAACAAUUGUAUGAAGACAAAAAUUCGUUUGAAUAUCGUCAAAAAUACUUUAAAUGGCCGUUAUCGCAGACAUGUUUGGACUGCAUUUGGAAAUAUUUUGGGGCUAAAGAAGGCAACGAAUUAAAUGGCGGACCUUUUUUUAUUUCUAAAUAUUAUUGGAGUGACGCAAAUUCCCCAACUGUCAAUAACGAGAAUCCAAAGGAUAAAAAUGCAUACAAAAAUUGCGUAAGAAAUGUUUAUUGCUCUAUGGUCACCAUGCAAAAUUACAUGAAUAGAUACAAACAGUUUUGUAGCACUACAGAACUAACCUGCUACCACUAUUUAAAAAUGCACAAUUUAGGGGGCCAAUCCUGUAAUAAAGAAUGGAAUGUAAAACCAGAUAACGCCGAUAGAAUUUGUAAUUUCACUGAACCUACAGGUUAUAUGCAUUUAUAGAUUAUAAUCUCAUCUAGCGGAAAUGCUUUUUUUAGUGUGAUGGAAAUGAUUUCG